AUCAGAGCCUGCUAUCAGAGCAGCUGGAGGAGUCCUUUGCUGAAUGGCUGAGCUGUGUUUAUCCUGAAGUAAUCAGAUAUGUGGUUCUUCUUAUAGGAAAGUUGCUGUCGUUCCUACUCUCAAUCCAUUCUAGUGGAAACAGCAUCGAUCCUUCACUUCCCAUGCAGAAAAUGAUGGAGAAUGAAGCCUUCGUGUCUUUCGUAUUCUUUGGCACCCUUUUGGUCAUAAAGAUGUAUGCUGUAGCCGUCAUAACAGGGCAAGUGAGGCUUCGCAAAAAGGCAUUUGCCAAUCCGGAGGAUGCUCUGAGGCACGGAGGUUUGCAAUACCACAGGGAAGACCCUGAUGUGGAGCGAUGCCGCAGGGCUCAUCUCAACGACAUGGAGAACAUUUACCCCUUUCUCUUCCUCGGUGCGAUCUACUCCCUUCUGGACCCCAACCCUACUGUGGCCCGGAUCCACUUCUUGAUCUUCUUCUUUGGCCGGAUUGUCCACACCUUGGCUUACCUUUUGAAACUAAGGGCUCCCACACGUUCAGUGGCCUACAGCGUGGCCCAACUUCCCUGCAUCUCUAUGGCCCUACAGAUCCUCUUUGCAGCUAUCAAGUCCUGGUGAUGGCUUUGAUCUGAGACCUGAAAUGGGUGGGAAAUGAGAUGGACAAGUGGCUUCGUUUGUAAGAGGUGGAUAAGGCUCUUUCUUUUCCUUGCUAUGGUCUGGUGAUGUGCACUUCAACCUCAACCACUGCAUCUCUUUGCCUGGAUGGACUCUCAGUCAUGUCAUCUUCAGACUGGACAGUUUGCUUGGCGAUCUCUCCUAGGAGGGGGAGGCAGCUUUCUGUUGCUGAUGGGCGUGUGGUGCAGAGGUUCAGGUCCACAAAAUGAUAAAUAAAAACACUUAUUGCAGUAAAGAAUA